AUGUCUCUUGAUUGCAAGAAAUUGUACAAGAUUGCUUUGGGAAUAGCUAGAGGGAUUGAGUAUCUUCAUCGAGGGUGUGACAUGCAAAUUUUACACUUUGAUUUUAAACCUCACAACAUUCUUCUUGACAAGGAUUUCACCCCAAAAGUUUUCGAUUUUGGGCUCAUGAGAUUGUAUCCCACGGAGUACAAUAUCGUGUCUCUAAUUGCUACAAGAGGAAACUUGGGAUAUAUGGCUCCAGAGUUGGUCUACAAGAAUCUUGGGGGUGUCUCUUACAAAGUCGAUGUCUAUAGUUUCGGCAAAUUGUUGAUGGAAAUGGCCGCUAGAAGGAAGAAUGAGGACAAGGUGAGGGAGGGUACGGGUCCGUGUUCAAAGGAAGACUCCCGGAGCGGCCGUGAGGUGGCGGUCAAGAUUCUAAAGAAGGGAAAAACGAAUGGGCGGGACUUCAUCGGUGAAGUAGCUACCAUUGGUAGAAUUCAUCAUGUUAAUGUUGUUGGACUCAUUGGUUAUUGCUUUGAGGGCUCUAAACAAGGUCUUGUCUACGAUUUCAUGCAUAAUGGAUCUCUGGAUAAGCACAUUUUCUCACGAGAACAAGGGAUUUCUCUUGAAUGCAAGGAAGUGUAUGAGAUUGCUCUCGGAGUGGCUAGAGGGAUUGAAUAUCUUCAUCGAGGAUGCGAUAUCCAAAUUUUACACUUUGAUAUUAAGCCUCAUAACAUUCUUCUAGACAAGGAUUUCACCCCAAAAGUUUCCGACUUUGGGCUCACAAGAUUGUAUCCCACGGAUUACAACACUGUGUCUUUGACUGCCGAGAGAGGAACCUUAGGGUACAUGGCUCCGGAGCUCGUCUUCAAGAACCUUGGAGCGUCUCUUACAAAGCCGAUGUCUAUAGUUUCGGAAAAUUGUUGA